AUGGACAACCCACCGAACAGCCAGACUAGGCAAAGCACUGAACAUGUGCAACGCCCCGAAGAGACGGCCGGCCGAGUCGAUGUCAACACUUUAGCAAAACUGCCCAAGCACUGGUGGCAAUACCCGGAGCUGGUCAAGCUCAAUCUGGGCCUCUUUUCUGCUCUACUCGCAUGGGCCACCACGGGAUUUGAUGGAUCAAUGAUGAACGGCCUCCAGGCGGUUCCGUCCUGGACCACGUACUUUGACCACCCGGCGGGCGCAAGAUUGGGCACCAUGUCCAACGGAUUCGCGUACGGCAACCUGAUCACUAUCUUCAUCUCUUUCUGGCUCUGCGAGCGCUUUGGCCGGCGCUGGCCUCUCCUCGGAAGCACCAUCCUCAUUAUAAUCGGCACAAUCGUGCAGACUGCAGCACAGAACUUUGACACUUUCGUGGUCUCUCGCUUUAUCGUCGGAAUGGGCACAGGUAUUCUUGGUGUUGUGUCGCUGCUCCUCCUGGCCGAGGUCUCGUAUCCAACGCAUCGAGCAGUCAUCACUGCCAUGAUAGCCAUCUUCUGGCCAGUAGGCGCUCUCAUUGCUGCCUUGGCAACAUAUGGCACCUUCAAGAUGAGCUCGACAUGGGCAUGGCGUCUUCCCAGUUUACUACAAGGCGCCCUACCACUGGUACAGAUUGUUUUGGUCUUUUUCACGCCGGAAUCGCCACGCUGGCUCGUGGACCAGAAUCGCGCAGAGGAAGCCGAAAGGAUCCUCGUCAAGUAUCACGGACUCGGCGAUCCCAAUUCGCCCCUGGUCCAGCACGAAAUGGUCGAGAUUUCUGCUGCGAUCGAGGCCGAGAAACUGAACAAGGCCUCGCGAUGGCAACAGUGGUUCAGCUCCCCGGGCAACUUUUACCGACUGUGCUUGAUUAUCUUCCUCGGAUUCGUGCGUCAGCUCCAGGGCAACGCCCUGGUGAGCUACUAUUUGGUCCUCGUUCUGAAGUCCAUCGGUAUCGAAAGCGAGAAACAGAUCCUGCUCAUCAAUGUGGGCCUCCAGAUCUGGUCCAUCCUAACAUCGGGUCUCUUCGUCAGCACCGUCGAGAAGUUCGGCCGCCGGCUGCAGCUCCUGAUCGCCCUGGGCAUCAUGUUCGUCGCCUUCCUGCUCUGGACCAUCUGCUCCGCCAAAGCCGAGCAAGCCAACUACGAAAACAAAGGCCUUUCCGCGGCUGUCCUGCUCAUGAUCUUCAUCUUCCAAGCGGGGUCGCAUUUUUUUCUCCCCCGCGGUGUAUACUUUGGUCAUGGAGAUCCCGCAGUAUUCGCUGCGCAGCAAGGCAUCGAUGAUCUUUAG